GCUGCUAGCUGCCUGGAGCCGCCUGCCGAGCUGUUAUGAGCUUUGUAGCCGAAAUCAGUAGAUUAUUUUAGUUUCGAUAGGAGCAACGAUGACCCUCUGACACCAAGAAUGGACAUAAGUUAACAAUGACGGGGGAGAAAAAGAAGAAAAAGCGGCUGAACCGCAGCAUUCUUCUUGCAAAGAAAAUUAUAAUAAAAGAUGGAGGAAGUCCUCAGGGAAUCGGUGAGCCCAGUGUUUACCAUGCUGUGGUUGUCAUCUUCCUGGAGUUUUUUGCAUGGGGUCUACUUACCACCCCGAUGCUCACGGUAUUACACCAGACAUUCCCCCAACACACAUUCCUGAUGAAUGGGCUGAUCCAUGGUGUUAAGGGCCUAUUAUCAUUUCUAAGUGCUCCGCUGAUCGGAGCGUUGUCAGACGUAUGGGGACGCAAAUCCUUCUUGCUGCUAACGGUCUUCUUCACAUGUGCACCUAUUCCACUGAUGAAGAUCAGCCCAUGGUGGUACUUUGCGGUGAUCUCCAUGUCCGGCGUCUUUGCCGUCACCUUCUCUGUGAUCUUUGCCUAUGUGGCAGAUAUCACGCAGGAGCAUGAGCGGAGCACUGCAUAUGGUUUGGUAUCUGCUACCUUUGCAGCCAGCCUGGUCACCAGCCCGGCCAUCGGAGCGUACCUGUCUGUGGCGUACGGUGACACCUUGGUGGUGAUCCUGGCCACGGCCAUCGCCCUGCUCGACAUCUGCUUCAUCCUGGUAGCCGUACCAGAGUCGCUGCCAGAGAAGAUGAGGCCAGCAUCAUGGGGAGCGCCCAUCUCCUGGGAACAGGCAGACCCCUUCGCUUCUCUGCGUAAGGUGGGCCAGGACUCCACAGUACUCCUCAUCUGUAUCACGGUGUUUCUCUCCUACCUCCCCGAGGCCGGCCAGUACUCCAGCUUCUUCCUCUAUCUCAGACAGGUCAUAGGCUUCUCAUCAGAGACGGUGGCUGCCUUUAUCGCCGUUGUGGGGAUCCUCUCAAUACUAGCCCAGACGGUGGUUUUGGGCAUCCUGAUGCGUUCCAUAGGGAAUAAGAACACAAUCCUGCUUGGCCUCGGCUUCCAGAUCCUCCAGCUGGCGUGGUACGGCUUCGGCUCUCAGCCCUGGAUGAUGUGGGCUGCUGGAGCUGUUGCAGCCAUGUCCAGCAUCACUUUCCCCGCUAUCAGCGCCAUCGUAUCCCGUAAUGCCGACCCCGACCAACAAGGUGUUGUCCAGGGGAUGAUUACUGGGAUCCGGGGCCUGUGUAACGGUUUGGGCCCCGCUCUUUACGGUUUUGUCUUCUACUUGUUCCACGUGGAGCUGACUGACACGGACGGCUCUGAGAAAGGUGCCAAACCCAACAUGGCCAACCCCACUGAUGAGAGUGCCAUCAUCCCAGGUCCUCCCUUCCUGUUUGGUGCAUGCUCAGUGCUGCUCUCUCUGCUGGUGGCCCUGUUCAUCCCAGAGCACACGGGGCCCGGCAUGAGGCCCGGAGCCUAUAAGAAGCACAGCAACGGGGCCCAGAGUCACUCCCACAGCCCUCAAGGCAGCGGGGCCGAGGGCAAGGAGCCGCUGCUGGAGGACAGCAGCGUAUAACCACAGCUAAGGGGAGCAGACAGCGCUCCAACCCGACACCCCCACACACAUGGACAGAUACACACAUUUCACCACAUGGACACACUCUCGCCUCAGGCACACAUCAAGUGCCACGAAGAGGUGAUUGUGUCCACAGCACAAGAGUGGGCACUCCUUCCUUAGCAGUCCUUUUUGGUUUUUUUGUUUUGUUUUGUUUUUUUAAAGCAGGGUAUUGUGAGGACUCUCAAAAAACUCUGUAUAAAGAGAGUGUGUGGAGUAUUUUUUUGGGCUGCAGUGGAAAGGUGUGUAUGACUUGGCUGAGCUGGACUCCAAACUUUGGUUUCUAUCAAGCAGUAACAGAGUGGAGCAUACAACAGUGUGCCCCCCUCCUGGUGCAAAAAAGAAGUGAUUUAGAGCAGCAGUGGGGUCGAACUCAAAUGCUACUAAAUCCCUGCGUUGAUUCUUCAUAUUCCUCAGUAGCCAGUGAAGUGGCAACUUUUUCUGUUUGUCCAAUGGGAGUGUAACAAACAGGUAGUUGAGCACUUGUCUAAUGGUCUUUCACAAGCUAACUUCUGUUCUGAUGCUUGUCGCAACUCUGUCGAAGCAUCCGAGAAGGGAACACAGUUCUCUCCUGAAUGCACAGCAGCAAUUGUUACCUGUGAUGAGAGUCUGUGCAAACCAGUGUUGGAAAAUGCGCUGCCUAAUCUAGGUCAGGAUGGGUCAACCAGUUCAGAUAUAAAAAAAGCUUCGUAAGACCACACUUUGUUCAAAUAUCACACUUCUUUACAGAGAGAAGUGUGCGAGAGAGACCACUUUAUUAGCUGAAACUGUUUUUCAAUGUUUACUUGCCAUUCUCUAGAUUAGUAGUACAGUUUGGGUUGUAUAUUUUUCUCUCUGUUUAAACUGAAGGCUAGUUGUGCUUCAAGUUUUUAUUCAAGAAACAAAUGUUGCCUCGAAGUGACUUAAUAUAUAUAAAUAUAUAUAUUAAUUACGUAACCUGUAUGAAGACCGAGGUCUGAGAAGGCUCUGUAAUCUUACGCUAUCGCUCCCAUCGGAGCCGUUACACAAUUUUUAUUCCUUUUUGUUUUCAUGCCCUUCUCGUUGCUUUGUUUCCUGACAUUUAUCACCAUCAGGGUUAAAGACUGACAGAACCAUGGUUUUAUUUUAAAAGCCUCUGGACCAUUUGAGCUAGAGCGUUGCUAUCAGCAUGUCAGUGUUGGCACUGACUGUUAAUACAGAGUCUUUGAAUUAAUAUCAUUAGGUUAAGCAGAAUAUCACUCAUGCUGCUGCAGUAGAUAAUUCAAAGGUUAAGUGUGACGUACUAUGAACAAUGAAACGGUUUCACAGAAUCCUUGACAUUUAAGCUUCCAUACAAAUGGUUAUUAACAGGCACUGCACAUUUCUCAAACAACAACAAACAGAUGGUAGGAAUUUAAGAUGUGAAGCACCUCGAGGAACUGGCUUCUAGUUCACAAACGGAACAGAGAAGAUGGCUUCAGAUUCACCACAAAAAGGAGCCAUUUGAUCAAUGUCAGACCAGUUCUGUGCAUGCCAACCUGCACCACCUAUAGGAAAAAAAAUGUUGCAACAGUAGUUUAGACUUUUUGCCCUUGUGCUAGCAAUAACAGUAAGCACUGCUCCAAAUUUAGCCGAUGUUAAAGAUACAGAUUUUUCUUUUUAAAUGCUUGUUUUGCUAUUGCUUUUAGGAGUCACACUUUCCACAAACAGCUGUAAACUGUGAUCAAGUAAAAAUAUAUUAUCAUUCAGUGUCACUACAGGUUCAAGAUUAAAGCUACACAUUCAUAAAAACAUGGAAAUAACAAUGCGGUCAUCGUAAACAAACAAUCCAGAUUACCAAAAUAUAGAAGAAAAUAUAAAUUAUUUUUUUUGUAGCCUACAAUUUAUAUUUUUUAUAGAGCAAGAAAACAUAAGGCGCUCAGCAACAAGCCAAAAGCUUCACACACUGAAAACAUUUACAAAAGUCGACCCAGGCGGUUCCAAAGCUGAUCCGCUCCUUAAUCUGAAAAUCUAAAUCUACAAAGUAACCAGGAGGUCAGGGCUUCAGAUCAGAGGUUACACCAUGAUACUGAGAGCUUUGUUAACGUCCCAGAUAAUAACUAAAUGGGAUCUGGUUAACAAAUUAAAUAUUAUGAGGCAAAAUAUAAAACACUCAAAUAUGCACACUUGGUAGAACCUGAAAUUGUCAAAACUGCAGCUUCUGCAGGUCUACAUUGCUGCUGUAACUUUUCUUGCCAAUAGGUGGCGCAGGUUGAACAUGAGCUGCAGGUGCAAGCUGCUUCUGCUGCAGCAGCUUCACAGUCGGAUGAUAUUGGUCUGCGUCUGGUUUUGGUGCUUCGCAUCAGUGACACUGUGUUCCCUUUGUUCACAUACUGCGUAAAUUGUUCUAAUAUUAAUUUUCAAAAGUUUAAUUUUAAAAAUGCCUCAAGUGCAUUUAAAUAGCCAAAUUCCAACCUGAUAUGGAUUAGUAGCUAACAGUGGGUUUCAUGCUGUUUAACAUCUUUCUGUACAUCUUUCUGUAGAGAAAUGUACGUCAUGUAUUUUGUGCCAAAUUUAUUUUCUUCUUUUUUUUUGGUUUGCUUUUUCAUAAUGUCUGUGUAUGUGUGCACUUGAGUGAUUUGGAUAUUUUUCAUUGUUUUGUUUUAUCUUGUCUUAAUUUCUUUGGCUAAAGAUUUAUGUUUUUUAAUGCUAUUUUUUUAUAGCUUUUUAAAACUUCAUCUGGUCAUUUCUCUAGAAACAUUUUCAACAUUGUGGCUAGAUGGUAAAAUAUCGAAUGGCCAUCAGUCUGCUUUUUUUUUUUUUUUUUUGUUCUCAAUCUUCAUUUGAUAACAAGCAUUUCACCGUGGUUAGUUACAUCUGAUAUUUUCCCAGAUUUAUCAGUAGAUAAUAACAAAAGUCACUGAAUGUUCAAAGCUCAGCUGUAAACAUGUUGACCACACUGUACCCUCAACAUUUUGACUUAACCUGUCAUAGUUUUUAUUCUUUCAGAGGGGGUGUCACUAAACAGGAGGGCCAUUGGUGUUGAUUUAAUCUCUGAAUAUCAUUAUGUUUUAUUUAAUCAUUUAUUGGACCAACACAUUGGUAAACCCAUAAAUUCAGAUCCUACUUAAAUUGGUAAGAUUCUGCACCAGCCCCACGUGCACCCGUACAGCUUCCAAGCAGACGACUGUAAAUGUACAAAAAUCACCUGUACGUACAGCAAAUGUAUAUAUUUAUUGCUCAAGGAGAUGGCCACCUCUUGGUCUAUUUGGUUGUAUGGUGCAAUUAUUAUUAUAUAUUUCUCAAGACUUACCUGCUAGCCACUCCUGUUUUUAGUACGAUGUGGUUUGUGGCCUGAACCCCCUCUCUGUGUGCCUAAAAUUAGCCAAGAAAUGAGUAUGGCAACAUAAGUAAAUGGUGGUUAUUAUGUAAAUAUGGGAAACUAAUGACAAACUAUUUAUUAAAGGUUUAUUGUACAAUGAAA